AUGUUCGAUGCCAGCGCAUGCACCCCCGAAGUCGUGGAGAAACUUUCUUCAAUCCGCCUGGUGUGGAUAAAAGCGGCUACCGUGGCCUAUAUAUGCUACGGCGCUGUGGUGGUACUUGCCAUUACGUCUCUUCACCUCAUUCUUCGCGGCAUAUCGAAAUCAAGACUCGAUGCUUCUCCUCAGUCAAAUCACAUCAUCGUCAACGUCCGGAUACCCAUCAUCCUUACCACCAGGAAUGUUAUUGCCCUCGUAUACGUCCUGGCCAUGACGACUCUAUCAACUCUGGCGAUGCUCUCGAUGACAAGGACCGUGUCACAAGCGAUCAUCACCUCGGGUUGUUGGAAUGGGUUGACGCAUGAAAAUUGGUAUUCGGCUGUGGAUAAGAUGCAUUACUACGUCUUCGUUUUGACAAACUGGGGCUCGGACGGGCUACUAGUGUGGCGCUGCUUCGUGAUAUAUCGAUCUUCAACUAGGAUGCCUGUCUGGGUAUCCCUCACUCUACCUAUCGUCCUCUAUCUUGCUGUCGUGGGAAUGGGACUGUGGUUCAUGGUGCCCAAGGUACCGCAUCCUCACGGCCCUCACCCACACAACAACACUGGCAGACUUUACGAAAUCCUCUAUUCUUCCCUCACUCUUUCCUUGAACAUAUUAGUGACUCUCAUGAUUGUCGCCCGCCUGCUAGUGUAUCGCUGGCGACUAACUUCGAUUUUGGGAAAGUCCCAAGGGUCUCACUACACCAGCUAUGUCGCCAUCCUGAUUGAAUCGGCUGUUCUUAUCGUCCUUUCGAACAUCUUUCUCAUCGUCGUGAUGCAAAGAAACUCCCCUCUAGAAGCGACUGCGUUCCAGGCUAGUAUUCAGGUCCAGGCUAUUGCACCGCUAUUGAUCAUUGUACGGCUGUUACAAGGGAAGGCAUGGUCUCCUGCCGUUGAGAAGGCAAUAUCCCUCCAGACUAUUCAACUAAGUGCUGUGGACCCUUCCAAUCUCGGAGAGACCGCACCGUCGGGUGGUCCCCUUCGCUCUCCAUCGAGGGACACGAACAGAGGCACACCUAUCAUCCAAAUCAAUACAAUACCUUCAAGUCCAUUUCACCCCACCUUUAACACCGACCCCGAGUCGUCAUACGACUCGAUGAAAAUGGACGACUACACCCAGAAAGCGGAGCUUGCAGAGCACGAUCGAUUAGAGAGCAGCCCAUACGCUAAAGCCAAUUAA